UUGACAUCAAUAUCCCUGUUGAUCACAGCUCCUCUGUUAACCAACCGGCAGAGCUGUGGAGACACCGGCUGCGGGGAGCGUUCGCACCACCGACCUCUUUUCUCCACCUUUUCUCCACAACUUUGCAGCCUCUUUUCUUCUGAACAACGUUUGGGCGGAGAGCAGGAGGAGCAGAGCAAGAUCCAAACCCUGCUGAGACCCAUGUGUUUCUCGGAAAGGUGGUCCAGCCUUCCCCUGUCUUCCACUGAGCAGCUCUGCUGAGAUAUCCCCGAGCUUGCCAUGGAGCUGCUGGAGGAACCUGACUCAUAAAUGUUCCCAACACCAGGGAUGGCGCCCGCGGGGACCGAGGCCGCCCCGGCCCGCCGGUGAGGUGCCCCCCACCAGCCCCCCCGAGCCCCGAGCACGAUGAGCAAACUGACCUUCCACAACAACAGAGUCAUGCAGGACCGACGCAGCGUUUGCAUCUUCCUCCCCAACGACGACUCCCUCAACAUCAUCAUCAACGUGAAGAUUUUGUGCCACGAGUUACUGGUGCAGGUGUGUGACCUCCUGAGGCUGAAGGACUGUCACCUCUUCGGGCUCAGCGUCAUCCAGAACAAUGAGCACGUGUACAUGGACAUGGCCCAGAAACUCUACAAGUACUGCCCCAAGGAGUGGAAGAAGGAGGCCAGCAAGGUCAGCGGUGAGGUCUUGCAUGGAGAGCUGACGGCAGUAAGGCCACCUCUGUCCCCGUCGCAGGUCACUUCCAGGACCCGGGAAUGCAGCCGAGGGGGGAUCGACCAGUUUGGCCCCCCGAUGAUCAUCCACUUCCGAGUGCAGUACUAUGUGGAGAACGGGAGGCUGAUCAGUGACCGGACUGCACGUUACUACUACUACUGGCACCUGAGGAAGCAGGUGCUGCAUUCCCAGUGUGUCCUGCGGGAAGAGGCCUAUUUCCUCCUCACCGCCUUCGCCCUCCAAGCCGACCUGGGAGACUUCAAGCGCAACAAGCACUACGGGAAGUACUUCGAGCCCGAGGCCUAUUUCCCCGCCUGGGUGGUUGCAAAGAGGGGCAAGGACUACAUCCUGAAGCACGUCCCCAACAUGCACAAAGACCAGUUUGCCCUGACGGCCUCUGAAGCCCAUCUCAAGUACAUCAAGGAGGCCGUCCGGCUCGACGACGUGCCCGUGCACUACUACAGGUUGUACAAGGACAAAAGGGAAGUGGAGGCCUCCCUGACGCUGGGGCUGACAACACGGGGCAUCCAGAUCUUCCAGAACUUGGAUGAAGAAAAGCAGCUGCUCUACGACUUCCCGUGGACAAACGUGGGAAAACUGGUUUUUGUGGGCAAGAAGUUUGAGAUCCUGCCUGACGGGCUGCCCUCUGCCAGGAAGCUCAUUUACUACACGGGGUGCCCGCUGCGCUCCCGGCACCUGCUGCAGCUGCUGAGCAGCAGCCACCGGCUCUACAUGAACCUGCAGCCCGUCCUGCGCCAGGUCCGGCGCCUGGAGGAGAACGAGGAGAAGAAGCAGUACCGGGAAUCCUACAUCAGCGACACCCUGGACCUGGACAUGGAGCAGCUGGAGAAGCGCUCGCGCGCCAGCGGCAGCAGCGCCGGCAGCAUCCGGCACAAGCGGCUUUCCCGGCAUUCCACCGCCAGCCACAGCAGCUCCCACACCUCCGGCAUCGAGGCCGACCCCAAACCCAGGGAGAUGGGGCCCGACGACGGCUUCUCCGGCGCCGGCGCCCACCACAAGCUUAAGACCUGCAGCUCCAUGACCAGCCACGGCAGCUCCCACACCUCCGGCGUGGAGAGCGGCGGGAAGGACCGGCUGGAGGAGGACUCCCAGGAUGAUGAAAUCGAGAUGCUGGUGGAUGACCCCCGGGAGCUGGAGCAGGCUGGAGACAUGGAGGUGAGCCCCGACAUGUGCGUCUACAUCACGGAGGACAUGCUGCUGUCCCGCAAGUUCAACGGGCACUCGGGGCUUAUUGUGAAGGAGAUCAGCUCCUCCACCUCCAGCUCCUCGGAGACGGUGGUGAAGCUGCGGGGGCAGAGCACCGACUCCCUGCCCCAGACGUCGUGCAGGAAAUCGAAGACGUCGACGGACCGGCACAGCCUGAGCCUGGACGACAUCCGGCUCUACCAGAAGGACUUCCUCCAGCUGGCCAACCUGUGCCAGGACACGGCGCAGAGCUACACCUUCGGCUGCGCCCACGGGCUGGACGAGGACGGGCUCUACUGCAACGGCUGCCUGGCCCAGCAGUGCAUCAACAUCCAGGAGACCUUCCCCGUCAAAAGAACCAGCAAAUACUUCUCCCUGGACCUCACCCACGACGAAGUCCCCGAGUUCGUGGUCUGAGCGCCUCGGAGGGAGGGGGCAGGACCGGCUGCCCGCCCUCGGGGGUGGGGGAGGAUGGGGCUCCCUGCCCUGCAUGGGGGGGCGUCCACAGCGCCUUCCCCCCACCCUGCCCCGCUCCCUGUUCCCGUGGGAACCGCGGCACCGGGAGGAUUGUCCCGAUGGGGAUCCCCGGGCACGGCGGAUCGACUCCGGAUGAGUUUGUGCCAAACACAAGUUGUCUUAUUUCGACUGGGAGAAGCACAGCUCGCCUGACCAGCAGAAGCCCACCCGUGUUUUCUCCUUGUGGCCUCUUCCCCUCCUUGCCCCCCACCCCGUCCGGCGGCGGCUCCGCGUUGGCAGCUGGAGAGAAAGUGCCAGACUGUUGAGUUCAAGUCAAGCCAAAGAAAUGUAAAUAACCCUAAAGGCCAGUAUGGGAAGGGAGAAUUAAGCAAUAAUGAUGUUCCGUGGAGGAAGGCACGGCUGGGGCAGAGCAUCAUCCCGGUUCUUCCAAAAACACGUGCUGGUGGUCAGGCCAGAACGGUUCCCAGCGAGGUGGAUGGUGGCUGGGAGUUGGCAGAGCCAUUUGCAACUUGUUUUAAUCUUUUUCUUUAAAAAAAAUUUUUUUUUUUUUGAGAGCAAAACCCCAAAACCAAAAAAAAAACAAAACAAAAAAAAAACACCUCAAAAAAAAAAAAAGAAAGCAAAGAAGGAUGGAAAAGAACAGGUCCCAUGUAAGGAUAUUGCAAUAAUGCAUCUGAAAGGUUGAAUAUCUAGAGAAUACAUAUAUAAAUAUAUCGAGGUAUGUAUGUUUAUAUAUGUCUGGAUCUUAUAGACCCAUUUGCAUUUUACUCCUGCUCUAAAAUCCCUUUUAUACAAAGGAGCUGCCUCUCUUCUUUCAUGAACUGUAUAAAUAAUCAUAUUUUUUUUUCUAAGCACUAAGGUGAGAAAAUAGACUUUCCUCUCGAGGAGAAUAUGUAUGCAACUGCCUUGUAUGUGUGGCUCUUCCCGGUGCAGUCUCUGUUGUAUUUUCCCAAGGCUUUUCAUGUGUCUUUAAGUCUCUUACAGUUGGAAUAAUUCUGCCAGAGGAUGCUGGUGAUGUGCUAGAAAAAUCCAAGGGCGGUUUCUGAGUGUGUCCUAGGGAAGCCAGACAGCCCAGGUGGAAUAUUUGCCAUCGGUACCGGAGGGUGAAGCAUUACAGAGCUAAUAUUCACAGCACAAUGCCUUUUUAGCAGAUAUUUUUAAUUAGAGUUUAGCCAUUGACAGCCAAAGUUCUGCCAUAUUUUGAUACACCACCGUUUUUUAACUGGAAGCUUUUCUUAAAAAAAAAAAAGAAAAAUUAUAAUUAUUUUAUAAAUAAGCACAAUCUUAUUUUUGUAAGAAAUGUUGGGGGAGGGAGCCAAGAAAGGGGAGCUGGUACCAAAAGAAAGGGAGCGUAGCUAGAGGCACAGUGCCAAAAAAACUCGGUGUUAUUGGGAUUUUUGGGAUGUGGGAGCAGGUGUGGGAGAGCUUCAGGUGCUGCCGUGGGACUGUGGCACUGGCAGCAUGUCCCCACCUCAGGAUUUUGCAUGACACGAGGGAUUUUAUGGGAAAAUAAUGUUGAUAUCCAAGUGCUGGCGGGGCAAGCAGGAGGAUGGUGGUCCCUAAAGCAUCCUUAUCUCCCUAAAUCCACACGGGGCAGCUGGUGGAUGCUGCCUGGGGGCUCAGGGCUGUGUGCCCUGCUCUGGUUUUGGGGGGUCACCCCAAAAGCUUCUCCUGUGAGUGCCACAUCUGAGGCUGGGAUCCUGUUUGCCUCUCCAGAUCCCCAUCCAUGGCUGGAUUUGUGGUGUGUGCACCAGCAAUGCGGGUUUCCAUGUUGGUACAGGCAGGAAAAUUCCCCAAAUUCACCCCCAGCCUCUUUUUUUCCCCCUCUGCUGGGGAGUCAUGUUGGCACCCCCUCCAUCCACAGGAUCCUCACCCACUGCCCUGCCGAAACACGGAGCUGGAGGGGACAAAAAGGGAUAAAUUGUGGAAAGAAAUGCUUGACACUGCUCAGAAUUGGGCAGGGGGGCAGCUAAACCAGGGCCUCUCCAUUCCUCCCCCUCAUCCCGUUAUCCUGAAGCUGGACUGGAGCGUUGGAGUGAUGGGGUUGGGAUGAUGUGUUGGGCUGUGAUGGAGCUCACCCCUGGACGAGCAGGAGCAGUGCCAGGGUGCAGGGGGGACACAGAGGUGCCAUUGGAGCAGGGGGGACACAGAGGUGCCAUUUAUUCCCGUUUAUUCCGCAGGUGGCCGGGGCGGCUCCGGCAGGGACCGGGGGUGGCCGUGCCCGCCCUGCCCCUCGGGCCGUUCCCCCUGCAAUAACGAGCUGUCUGUCUGCACAAAAUAGUCCUUUCUGUGAAAGGAUCUUCCCGUCGGGGGCGAUGGGAGAGCCAGUGACUGUGUUGCAAAAGGAACAAAGAGAAAAAAAAAAAAAAGAAAAGGAAAAAGAAAAAAAAAAAAACACUCAAGGAAAACUGUACGAACUUCUCCCCCCACCCCACACCCCCGGAGCGAAAUUCUUUUGUACCAAUGAAGUUUGUUGUGUGCCUUUCGCGGUACGGCUGGACGUGACAAUAAAGUGACAGUUGUUUGCA